CCAACCCCCCAACCUCCCAGAUAGGGUAACUAUUUAAAGGCAGUUGGAAUUCAGGAAAAUAAGACAGUCACUUGGCAGGAUCAACUACAGCGUCCUCUGAGAGGGUGCAGUGGGGCAGCAGGAUAGGCUCCAGAGCCGAAGCUGGGAAUAACUGGGAGAGGAUCCAGGCCAGCGAGUGUGCACCUGUGCUUCGCAGAGCUCUCAGUAUGAAGCCCCUCCUCCUGCUGCUGGUGGUGGUCAUGGCCUCAGAUUUGCUUCAGGUCGAAGGACAUUUGACACAAUUCACAGCAAUGAUCAUGCUCAAGACAGGAAAGAACGCACUUACAAGUUAUGGUGCCUACGGUUGUCACUGUGGCAUUGGUGGCAGAGGAACCCCCAAGGAUGCAACAGAUCGGUGCUGUGUCAAGCAUGACUGUUGCUACGACCGUCUGAUGAAACGUGGAUGUGGCACAAAAUUUCUGAACUACAAGUUUACCAGAAGGGGGAGCUCAAUCACCUGCAACGCAAAGCAGAGCUUCUGUCAGAAACAGGUGUGUGAAUGUGAUAAAGCUGCUGCCUAUUGUUUUGCUGCAAACCUGAAAAGCUAUAAGAGAAGGUACCAGCUUUAUAACAACGCAUUCUGCCGUGGGAAGACUCCGAGUUGCUGAGAGGCCACCCGGUGCCGAAUCUUCCGCUCUAACUCCUCGCCUUCCUCCGAGCAAAUUCCCUGGCAAUAAACCAAACAAUUCUCUCCCCUCUGGGGACUAGGCGGGAGCCCUCUGUUCCCUCCCAGAAGGUGAGAUCCGAUUCCUUAGGCAGCUCUGAUUGGCCUCUUCCCCUGCUGCCUGGGAACAGGACAUUUUCCCACUCCCAUCCACGGAUUCCUUCCAAGCUCAACUUCCGAUUUAGCAUUAGUAGCUACACAGCUACUCCGGGGGGUGGAGGGGGUGGGGAAGGGCUCUUUUCUGAAUAAAGCAGUUCAUCCACAGA